GAACAACUUGAAAAUAUGAUAUACUACUCUCCAGUAACACCAGACUUUCUUCUAACGUUUCUUCAUUGCAGUACCAGUUUUACUGAGAAAGAAGAAUCACUAUCUUUACGUAACUGUUUCUGCCACUGGCAGAUAACGGCAUUCGCAAUUUUAAUGGCGGUGUGUACUGCAAAUUAUGCAUCUUUGGUAAUGUCAGCAAAAGUAGGAUCAAAUAAAUGCCACGCGUACGGAAGUAUUAAUGCACACCAACACAAGUUCGCUUAUUCUGAAUCAAUUUGAACGAUGUUUUCCCUUUAAAUUAUUACAAAAUAACAUCAUUUUAAAUUGAAAUACGUUAUCAAUAAUGGACGAUAUCGAGCAACAAUGCGAAGACGCAGUUUUUGUAUUAUGCGAUGCCCGAGAACGAUAUCCAUUACGAUGUGCCGAUGAAUUUCAAAAAUCCAUCAAAUUGAAAAAUGAGAUAAAUAUGCUGAAGAUAUUUCAAAGAUCAACUGUAAUGAAUGAAUUACCGAUUUUGGAGCAAACUGAACGUUUGAAUCUUGAAUUUAAUGAAAAUGAAAUGUGUUUUGAUCAUUUAGAUUCCAAGUUACAAAAUAUUAUAAAUAAAUUGGAUAAUUUAAAAGCUGUUGUGGAACAAAUUGAACGAGAAAAAACAUGUUGGAUCAAUAAGUUAUUAGAAAGUUGAACUUAUAUGAUAUUAAUAAAUUGUUCUAGAUAGA